CAAAAAAAAAAAAAACAAAAACAACAACAUCAAAAAAUAACCUGAUGCUCCAGUUCUGACUGUGAAUGCUGCCUACCAGCAUGCAGAGCUGUGAGUGAGGAACAGCAUUUUUUUUUUUUUUUUUUUUUAAUUAUUUUUGUAAGCGAGGAGGAAAAACCAAACAAGCAAAAAAGGACCUCUGAUCCGAGUGCCAAAGUAGGGGAGAUGUGUCACUGACCGGGCUGCGAUGGUACUUGCUGCCUACUGCGUGAUCGCUUGCUCUCUAAGUAAAAUGAGACACAGAGCUGUUGCUGAGACGAGUGGGAACAGCACUUUGAUUUGCUGGUUUAAUUAAAAAAAAUGAUAAAGGACUGAAGGAAAAGGUGGAUGUGGACCACAGGUUGCAAACCCAGUCACACCUGGAAAAGGAGGACCAGAAGAAUUAAAUCUAGAGAAGCCCAGCGGAGAUAAACGAAUGUCCCCACACCUCCAGAGGAAAGUUCAUCGAAUUUUUACUCUAGAGAUCUCAUCUUCAGGAUGUCAUUGAACACUUCCAGUACAGGAAAAGGUGUGGAUCCAAACGCGGUUGACACUUACGACAGUGGCGAUGAUUGGGAAAUCGGUGUGGGGAAUUUAAUAAUUGAUCUGGACGCUGAUUUGGAGAAGGACAGACAGAAAUUUGAGAUGAAUAAUUCUACCAAUACCACCAGCAGCAGCAGCACCAGCUCCAAGGAUUGUGGGGCUCUGGCUUCCAGUGGGGCUAAUACUACCUCAGCCUUAGCUGAUGGCCUAAAAUUUGCUUCUGUUCAGCCCUCCGCUCCCCAGGGGAAUUCCUCUCACAAAGAGACUAGUAAAUCAAAAGUGAAAAGGAGUAAAACUUCUAAGGAUGCUAAUAAAUCUCUGCCUUCUGCUGCCUUGUAUGGGAUUCCUGAGAUCGGCAGUGCUGGCAAGAGGCAGGAAGUCCAAGGGCGCCCUGGAGAGGCAACUGGCAUGAAUUCAGCACUGGGUCAAAGCGCGAGCGGUAACCCAAACGGCAAUAAUAACAGCACCAGCAGCACCACCGCCAUUGCCUCUUGUGGGAAAAACAAGGAGGAGAAACCAUGUAAAAACCAGGGCAGCCGAGGCGCCAAGCGGGAUAAGGAUGCGGGGAAGUCCCGGAAGGACAAGCAGCACGACGUGCACCUGGGCCCCCCCAGCGGCCCCGGGGGCGGCGGCGGUGGCCAGGGACCCCCCGGGCACCUCUAUGGCUACGGGUCCAAGGGCGGCGGGGGGAGCGGCAGCCCCUUCCACUGCACCGCCGCCGCAGCCGCCGGGGAAGUUAGCAAAGGCACCCCGGAUUCAGGGUUAAUGGGGAACUCUAUUUUGGUAAAAAAGGAAGAGGAGGAGGAAGAGAGCCACAGGCGAGUCAAGAAAUUGAAGACAGAAAAGGUUGAUCCCCUGUUUACAGUGCCUGCACCUCCACCUCCAAUUUCCAGCAGUAUCACACCUCAGAUUCUGCCUUCCUACUUUUCUCCAUCUUCAUCCAAUAUUGCAGCACCAGUUGAGCAGCUUUUGGUACGGACUCGUUCAGUGGGUGUAAAUACUUACGAAGUUGGAGUAGUAACAGAACCUGAAUGCCUUGGACCCUGUGAGCCUGGGACCAGCGUGAACUUGGAAGGAAUUGUGUGGCAUGAAACUGAAGAAGGUGUCCUGGUGGUAAACGUUACGUGGAGGAACAAGACUUACGUGGGAACACUGCUGGACUGCACAAAGCAUGACUGGGCCCCUCCCAGGUUUUGUGAAUCUCCAACAAGUGACCUGGAAAUGCGAGGAGGAAGGGGCAGGGGGAAGCGGGCAAGGUCCGCUGCAACUGUGGCUAUACCUGGAAAUGAUACAAGUUUCACUGAGUCUAGAGGACUUCAGAGUAAGAAUCGAGGUGGCGCUAAUGGAAAGGGAAGAAGGGGCAGCCUUAACUCAAGUGGGCGCAGGACACCCCCAAAUUGCUCUGUGGAUGAAGUCAAAGCCAGCCCCUCAUCUACAAACAAGAGAAAAACUAAGCCUCCUAUGGAGCUAGACUUAAACUCCAGUUCAGAGGACAGUAAGUGUGGAAAACGUGUUCGUACUAACUCCAGAAGCACUCCAACCACCCCACAGGGGAAACCAGAGACUACUUUUUUGGACCAAGGCUGCUCUUCUCCAGUGCUGAUAGACUGUCCUCACCCCAACUGCAACAAAAAGUACAAGCACAUUAAUGGACUACGAUACCAUCAGGCUCAUGCACAUUUAGACCCAGAAAACAAACUGGAGUUUGAGCCUGACAGUGAGGACAAAAUUUCAGACUGUGAGGAACCAUUGAGUAAUGUGGCACUUGAAUGCAGUGAACCAAGCACAAAUUUGCCAGGCUUUGAUCCACUAAAAGCACCAACAUCUCCUUCCUCUGCUACUACCCCAGGAACCCCCAAGGGAAAAAGGGAACCGACCAGCAAUGGCACCAGUUCAGUUAUCAGUUCCAAAACUGGCAAGAAUUCGGGCAAAAAGAAGGGUCUGAACAGUGAACUGAACAGCCUUCCAGUAAUUUCUAAUAUGUCAGCUACACUGGAUAAUUGCUCUGUAACAGAUGGCAAUUUGCAAACUGAAAUGCCAAAACUGGAGGCUGAAGGGUUAAUAGAGAAGAAGAGUUUGAGUGAUAAAGGCAAGAAAGGUAAUAAUUGCAAAGUGGAUAAAAACAUUUCCAAACUGAAAACAGCCCGGCCCAUUGCCCCAACGCCAGCACCGGCUCCUCCUCAGUUAAUAGCUAUACCUUCUACAGCCUUUACAGCCAGCACUACAGGGACAAUACCAGGACUGCCCUCUCUAACAACUACUGUUGUUCAGGCUACACCAAAGAGCCCUCCGCUAAAACCUAUUCAACCAAAGCCCACAAUUAUGGGAGAGCCAAGCACUGUAAACCCAGCUCUCACAUCACUCAAAGACAAAAAGAAAAGGGAGAAGCGUAAGCUAAAGGACAAAGAAAGCAAAGAGAGUGGAAGCCCUAAGAUGGAUUCUAAGCUGGGAAAGCUAGAGGAUUCAAAAGGGUCUGGGAAAGAUUUAUCUGGACAUUUUUUAAAGGACCAUCUCAACAAGAAUGAAGUGUUAGCUAAUGGACUUUCUGAGUCUCAAGAGAGCAGGAUGGCAAGUAUUAAGGCUGAAGCUGAUAAGGUUUACACAUUCACAGACAAUGCGCCCAGCCCUUCUAUAGGGAGUGCCUCCAGGAUGGAAUGCAGCACUUUGGUGAAUGGACAAUCUUCAAUGGCGCCUCUGCAUGUGUUGACACAAAAUGGUGCGGAUAGCGCUGCUGCUAAAACCAACAGCCCUGCUUACUCUGAUAUUUCUGAUGCAGCUGAUGACGGUGGCUCUGACAGCCGGUCAGAGGGUGUGAGGUCAAAGGCCAGCUCUCCUUCGGAUAUUAUUUCUAAUAAGGACAGUGUUGUAAAAGUACAUUCUUCAACCGCAUCACAAUCGGCACAAGCGAAAGAGUCCCAUUCUCCCUAUUACCAUGGCUACGAUCCUUAUUAUUCUCCAAGUUACAUGCAGUCUGGACAGGUCAGUGCCCCAGCAGCUGGAAACUGCAGCACCCCACAGGGACUGAAGAUCAAAAAAGAGGCAGAUGAAGAGGCUGAAAAGAAAGAGAAGGGGGAACCGUCAGAAGCCAAGAAAAAUGAAAGUGGUUCCUCUAAUUUGCAGCCACAACAUCAGUCAGUAAUAACACAAAGACACCCUGCACUUGCUCAGUCACUUUAUUAUGGACAGUAUGCCUAUGGGCUCUAUAUGGACCAAAAGUCCUUAAUGGCCUCUAACCCUGCUUACAGACAGCAGUAUGAAAAAUAUUAUGAGGACCAGCGGCUAGCAGAACAGAAGUUGGUACAGACUGGGAGGGACUGUGAAAGGAAGAAUGAACCUCCCUUGAAGGAAAUUGGAAAGGAUGAUAAGCAGAAAAAUAUCCCAUCUGCAACUAUUUCAAAGGCUCCUUCAACUCCGGAGUCAAGCAAAAGUAACACUAAAAUAGGGUCUUUGGUCCCUAACAAAGGUGAGGAGACGAGCAAAUCACAGAUCCUUUCCAAUCACCAGCAGCAGCUUCAGUCUGACAGUUUCAAAGCCAAACAAAUGGAAAACCAUCAGCUCAUAAAGGAGGCUGUGGAGAUGAAAUCUGUCAUGGACUCCAUGAAGCAAACGGGGGUAGAUCCAACCACAAGAUUUAAACAGGAUCCAGAUACACGAACAUGGCAUCAUUAUGUCUAUCAGCCUAAAUACCUUGAUCAGCAAAAAUCAGAAGAACUUGAUCGGGAUAAAAAGUUAAAAGAAGACAGCCCUAGAAAAACACCUAACAAGGAAAGUUCCCUGCCUAACCUUCCUGUCUCAUUAGCAAGCAUUAAAGAGGAGCCUAAAGAGGUCAAGCGUUCUGAUUCUCAGUCAGUGGAUGAGAGCAAGAUAAAAAACGAUGAUCGAAAGACUCCUGUAAAUUGGAAGGACUCUCGAGGUGCUAGAGUAGCAGUUUCCUCACCAAUGAGUCAGCAUCAGUCAUAUAUCCAGUACUUGCAUGCUUAUCCUUAUCCACAGAUGUAUGAUCCCAACCAUCCAGCCUAUCGAGCAGUCUCUCCUGUCCUAAUGCACAGCUAUCCUGGGGCAUAUCUCUCUCCAGGAUUUCAUUACCCAGUUUAUGGGAAGAUGUCAGGGAGAGAAGAGGCGGAGAAAGUCAAUACCAGCCCAAGCAUCAAUGCGAAAUCAACCACUGAGUCCAAAGCACUGGAUUUGCUCCAGCAGCAUGCCAGCCAGUAUCGCAGCAAGUCUCCUGUUCCCGUGGAAAAAUCGGCAGCUGAGCGUGAACGGGAAGCAGAAAGGGAACGAGAUCGUCAUUCACCUUUUAGCCAGCGACAUCUCCACACACACCAUCACACACAUGUUGGAAUGGGUUACCCGCUUAUACCUGGACAAUAUGACCCAUUUCAAGGAUUGACCUCUGCUGCCCUUGUUGCCACUCAGCAGGUGGCUGCGCAGGCAUCUGCAUCUGGUAUGUUUCCUGCACAAAGAAGGGUGAAUUAAUGGAAGUUAGAGCUUGUUUAUGAAGUCCAUUCCAUUUCUCCCGCCUUGUGAAUACUUAAUACAGAUGGAUGAAUUAAAGAUCCUCAGCAGACAAGCACACUUGGAGUUUUUAUAUUGCUAUGAUGAAUCUGCCAUUCAUAUUGCUAUAAUUGUUUUAUUUUUAUAGACGUAAAAUCAGUUCCCUUAGUGGCUAGUAGUAAGGCUUGUUGAUUUUUAAUAUACAUUAUUCAUCUGUGGCUUACUUACAUCUUGUUCUGAAAACGUUCAUAAGGCUCACAGUGCUGACAUACCACAAGCUAGCUUCAUCAGAAAUGGGCAGAAAAGGGUGCUUUUUUUGGAGAUGGGGAUAUUGUGAAUACAGAACUCCUGAAAAAUAAGUGCCUUAUGACUUCUAUAUUAAAAGCCUAGAUGGCUUUUGUAUUGAGAUAUGCCAUUGAUUUCUUUUCCGUCUAGACUGCUAAUGCUUCUGCAGGAAAACAGAUCUUACAAAUUCACACAAUCUGUGAUUUUGAUUUGGUUGGUUUAAUAUUGUGUUGUAGGUAACUGGAAUGAAUUACUCUGAUUGAUACAGGGUAAGCAGCAGCUAAAAUAAUAUUUAAUGUUAUAGCUUUAUUAUAUCCUUGAAAUCUGUAAGAGCGGCUUAUGGGCAUUGCCAUUUAUUAUCUUCCUCCACUAAGGUUAAUUAUUUCCCUCUAUCUUCAUAACUUUCUUUUUGAUUUAAUGCUUGCCACUUCCUUAAAGGCUAUGCAACUGGUUCAGUACUCCUCAAAGCCAAAAGCUGUUCAGCAACAUGUCCAAGCUUGACAUGCAACUGCUGUAAUCAUCUAAUCCCUGUAUAUCCAAAUGAUGAGCAGAAUUAAGCAGUAAUAUGAGGAAGGCAGUUUACAAACCUGGGAACUAAGGGCUGCAGAAGCUGAUAGCUGGCAAGGGGCAUCUGAAGCAAUGUGGUACAGUCGUACCUGUACCUUGUUGUCCAUGGGCAGGGCUUGCACUCCUUGUGACUUGCAACUAACAACCCUAUUUCUCUGCUCUUACAGCAGCUACUAUCAAUGAACAUACUCUGUCUUUCAUUAAAAUGUUGCUAGACAUCUCUAAGAGAUGAACUAGGGCUUUGUUUUUACACUUACUUCUCUGAGUUUCUAAUCUGUCCAUGCCAUGCAGCUAGAGGAAUGAAACGUCUCGUCAGUGGGAGCCCACCACACCAACCCACAAAGCCCAGCCAGGGAGCUAUUGCCUGUGAUGCUUGCACUGGGAAAAAACAGAUGUGAAUCAAGAGGCGGUAGGUUGUUUUGUUUUGUUGUUGCUUUUGAUCAGUCUUGCAAUUCUAGAGGCUGAAAUAGGAUGGAGAUCUAAAAGACAACUGGAUGGCUGUCCUAGCUAGACUAUUGAAAAUGGGGCCCAAGAAAAACAUUUUUCCAGUUUUGUAUGUGGCCUUGGGAACCUAAGAACUUAAAGAACUAAUUUUGUGCUGUCUCCUCCAUCCCUGGCUUCUGAAGGGUGUGUUGCUUGGAUGUAAUCACUGGGUCACCAGUCUGCAACAAAUGCUGGCAGUGCAUGUGCCUUCAGUAGCUGUGAGGUGAGAGAACCCACGAAUCCAUACUAGAAUGUACCAUGUACAGCUGAUAGUACAAAAACUGGCAUAAAAAAGAGCUUCAGAAGUGCGUUUCUGCAGUUCCCCAUCCUGGCUGUUGUCAGGGAGGGUGAAAGAAUCAUGCAAGAAAUCUAGUGCUUAUUUCCUUCUGGCAUCACGAUCUUGCCACUGUUUGAUCACAGCUAACAAAUGUACUGUCCUCAUCAUUCUGCCUCAGAAUAUCACACUAAAUAAUGGUUUGCCAUGCUCUCUUGCUCUUUCACAUCUCUCUCCUACUCUUCUCUCUACUUGUUCACUUAACAAGCUCUCAAGCUUUCGUCCAUUCGAUACCAUUAAAACUCAGCCUUCCUGUUUGUAUAGCUAAAAACCCACAUAGAUUUAUGAACUCAGCCCUUGCUUGAUUACUUCUCUGCCUCUUUCCUUUUAUCACCCUCCCUUUCUGAGCUGUAUUUUAAAUUUAUCUUAUGCUGUGUUAAUGCAUCCUAUUUCUCUUCAGCCUGAAGUGUUGUGGAAAGAAUGUCUUGCUUCACCCUUAUACAGAACAAGUCUUAUUUAUAGCUUCUUCUGAAUAAUAGUAAUGGAUGAUUUUAAGAUAGCAUAGAUGAUAGUGUAAGAUGUCCUGAGUAGCUAGAGCAGAUCAUUAUUAACAAGGAGCUUACUAACAAAAGACAUUACAGAUUUAAAGGGAAUUUUGAAACCUUCUAAUGACCCAAGAACUGGAAAAAAUAUCAAGCCCAUAGAAGCAAUUUGACAGUGUAGCUCUUUGAAUCAGAGAGAGAUGGAGGUAUACAGUCAUUACAUAAUGAACCAGCUUUGCUUUUCUUUAGAAAGAAAACUGUUUUCUUCAUUUGUUUCAGUUUUAAUCUUUUACAUAGCUUUCUGUAUCAACUCUCUGUAAAAUCACCAUGAACUAUGAUUUUCCUUGAUGGUUUUACUCAUAUCAGCAUUUCCUAAGUUCACAAAGUUUUAGCCUUUUCUUUAAGGUUUCUUGUUUUGUUUUGUUUUGUUUUGUUUUGUUUUGUUUUGUUUUGUUUUGUUUUUGAGCAAGUCCUACUUUACUGAGAUGUUACUUUUACUGAGAAAUGCAUGUGGAUAUCAUUCAAGAGAAGUCACAUUUGACUCUCAGAAGCAGCAUAAGCUAUCUGCUUCAAUUUGAAGUGGAAAAACCCCAGGUCAUUUUUGUUAUGUUCUUCCCCCUUCUUUAGAGCAUGAGAUUUAGAAAAUCUGUUUUUCAUAGAAACUGGAAAACAAAAGAAGUCUAAUAAUCUAUAUGUGUUUUUCAGCUCAGUUUCAGGACACCUUACUGAUCCAUUCUGCCUUACCAGAGCGCACAGAAAGUCCUUUCUGACCUAUCCAUUGUCUUUUAGCAGUUGAGUCUGUUUAUUCUGAGGGAGGGGAAGGCUUUUCAAAGAUACUAUUUUUCACCUUCUCAACCAUUUUAAGGUAGUUUGGUGGCUGUAGGAAACCAUUAAAAUCUUUAUAGCGACUCUUACUAAUUGCAACGAGCAAAAUAGUGCUUUCAACUCUUAAACUUCUUAUCUAGGCUGAUAAAUGAGCAAACUCAAGGAUUUUGCAAAGGUAAUUAUUAUUUGCCACUUGACAAUAUUUAUCAUGCAGAAAACUUGUUAUCCACUGUAAUGUCGUAGAGAAGUGCUCUGGGGACUUUGAAAGCAGGUGUUAUUAUAGACAGAUGAACUGCUAUAGAUCAAGGUCAUAACUAGUUCUGUUUGAAUAGCUACAUAGUAUUUUCAGCAGCCUUGUGAAGUAUUUUGAGGUGGUAUAAUGGUGUGUGUUAGUUAUGUGAUUUCCAUCGUUUGAAUUUGCUGAUGUAGAACUGUGCUUGUUUGUAGUUUUCACCAUAAUGCUUCAGGGUUGCUUUGUGAAACUGAGUAGUAUAGCAGCGCCUGAUGAAAAAAGAACUGAGGAAGCAACAAUUCUGUGAAAGCCUGUUUAAGUGCUGAACACAAAUUUCAAAGUAUGCAUCUUGACAGGUAGAGUAAAUGGUUGCAGUCCUUGGCUGGAGAGGAUGGAUGGGACCAGGACAGUCCAAAGAAACCCCUACCCCAACUUGAAUGUGGUGAACCAAGGAUGUGCAGUUUGCUGCUGCAAGACUUGUUUUGGAACUGUUUCUAAUAGAAGAGUAUGCAGGAACUGUGCUUCAGUCGAACCCUUGUUAAUAUUUUCUUAAUUAGCCCAGUGAAAGUCGAAAGAGUGGAAAUGAGAUGCAGGAUAUAUAGCCCCAGAGUUUUCUGAUCCGAGAACCUCCUAGGUAGUACUUUCUGCAGUUUGUAUUUUCUCACUUUUAUAAAACUUGUCCAUGUGACACUAGAAAUAACUUGAGGGAGGAAGGGAAGAUUUUCCUCUCCGCCAUGCAGUAUGGAUGACUAAAAGGAACAGGAUUUGCACUUAGUUUUAAAAAGAGCUGGCCUUUAAUAUGUGUGCUGAAAUUGAGUAGCUUUCUUGAGCAGAACCAGUUUCUACUUGAUAAGCCUUCAUUCUGCUGUGCUGGCCACUUCAGACACCUGCCUACCUUCUUCCUUUGGGUCUCUGUGUUUCCCGGGUGAAGCAGAAGGAAGCAGAUCAAGGACUAGAUGGACUGCAGGGAUGGCCUGACAGUUCCGCUUUUCCAUUGCAUGCCAGAGCAAGGCUUUUGUAAUUCCUUUUCUCCACACUUUCCCUACCUCUGUCUCCAGGUCAGUUUUAAGUGUUUGCAGUGAUAAGCCCCAUCAAGCUGCUGAUCUUUAAGCAGAGCUCCAGACAGAAAGGUCAUUAAAAUGUCAGUAACACAAUAUGUCUCCCAUGCCUUGCUUUGGGAUGUAACAAUUUAAUACCAGGCUUUGCCUCCAGUAUCUGCUGAGCCCCUUAAUGAUCUUCCUACUUUCAAAUGAACUGGUUUCCUCUAAUAGAGAAUUUGCCAAAAUCCUCAGCCUCUGUAGAUGUCUUUUGACUUACUGAUGUCAGAUGGCCAUUUUAUAUUUUAUAUAUUGUGGUAAUUUAAUAUUGAUGAGUAGUUCAGCACCAACAGGACAUUUUCUCAUUCCCUUUCCUCAGAGGGCAGAGGGAGAAAAUAGUAAAAAAGGCUGAAGGAUAAGGACAGGGAGAUUGUUCCCCAAUUACCGUCAUGAGCAAAAGAGGCGUAGCGUAAGACACAGAAGUAAUUUGUUGCCAACUAAUAACAGACCAGAGCAAUGAGAACUAAAAGCAAACAAACUGAACCACCAUCUUCCCAUCCAUAUUCUUUGUUCACCUCCCCACAGGUGCCACAGAGGAACAGAGGACAGUGGCUGCCGUGGUCAGCCAUUAACACUUUAUCUCUGCACCUCUACAUGGUCAUUCUCUGCCUCUGCUGCACAUGGGUCCCUCCCAUAGAUGCCAUCCUUCCCAAUCUGAUCCUGCAUAAGCCCCCCAGGCAGCAGCUCUCCAAGCACUGCUCCUGCACCAUGCCACCCUUCAGGCACUGCUCUGCCAGCCUCCUGCUGCCCCAUGGGCUGCUCUGCGUGGGCUGCAGCUCCAGCCUAGGACUGCUCCUGUGUGGUACCCACAGCUGUACCUCCUCCAAGCCACAUCCACGGCUGCAUCAGGGGCUCCUCUGUGUCCACAUGUAGAGAUGUGCUCCAUGCGGUGUCCAUGGGCUGCAGGGAGCUGCUGCUCAGUGUCUGGAGCACCUCUCAUCUUCCUGCCCCAUCCUCAGGGCCCACAGGGCUGCUUCUCUCACACAGCUCACCAUUCUCUCCCAGCUGCUGUCGAGUGACAAUUUUUCCUUUCCCAAACCUGCUGUCCAAGAGUGCACCCAGCACUGUUCAUGGCCCAGUUCUGGCAAUACUGGGUCUCUUCUGGAGCAGUUGAAGAUGGCUGUGAUCUGACAUGGGGCAGUGCUGGGCCCUGCUCACAGAACCCCUGCAGCACCGCUGUUAACCAAACCUAGGUAGAUCAUUUGAGUUACAUACAGAGAGGGGAGGGAAUUAUUAAAGGCUUGUCCUGGUGGUUAAGCAGGACAGGACACUUUGACACGGAAGUCACCAAGCCAAAAACUGCUGAAUCUGCCCUAAAGACUUCAGUGCUAAAAUCUACUGAAACAGGAGGAUUUGGUGAGGCACAGGUCCAGCAAGAUCACCCAAGCAGAAUAAACAACUGUGGCACUACAUAAGUCACUAACUAACCUAGGGUGAGUUAGAAAACACUGAUACUGUGAAUUGCAGUGCUCUGGUGCAUAAAGCUCUGGUUCUGGACAGAUGGCUUCCCACAGCCAACACAGAACAUACGUCUUCAGAUCCAGUCGGACUGUCCUGAAUGCUCAGGCAGCUGCUGCAGGCUUAACAAGUUGCUGCUGGCUCAUGAGCUGCCAUCUCAGUACGGUUUGAUUUCUUCAGUACCACGGGUCUGCAGCAGCAAGAGACGCAAUGUUUGUUAUGCCACAAGUGGUGGAACUUACUGAGUCCAAACAACUUACAGAAGAUGAAGCAGCAUAAAGUAUGAAGUAGCCUACAAGCUCAAGCAUGGCCAUGACAACAGUCUAUAGAAGGCACUAUGCUUGUCACAUCUCUAAUAUGCAAUUCCCCUAUCUCCAAAAGAAUGUGAUUUCUCUUAUCUUUGAACUGCUAUACACCAGGGACAGGUCUCUUCUGCCUGCCAUGUGAAAACAGGAGUUACUGUUCUGUAGAGAAAGAGAAUAUAAUUGCAGAGUAGAAUAUUGUCAGCUAGGAGACUAUCCGUCAAAUUAGAGGGUGUAUUUCUCCAUUUGCACUCCCAGUUGUGGCAGUAAAUUGAAAGCUUUGGUUCUCUGUUUUCUUGUUAAGUAGAUCAAUUCUCAUAUUCUUUUGGGGCACACAAAAUGGCAGUAUUAGAUUACUAGCUAUCAGUAAGAAGGGCCUAUAUCUUUUCUCGUUAAUUGGCUGAUACACAUUAUAAGAAUCCAUCUUGGAUAUUCUUCUCAAUGGGAAAUCAUAGUUUUGUUCUUACUAAAUCUUUUAUUUUGGCUGCUGCAUUUUCAAACAGCAUGCAAUGUAGAUAAGGGGGAUCCCAGCUGAAAUCUUCAGGACAGUUUUUAUAUGUUUUCAAAAUUUGUAUCACAUUCUCGUAUUGCCUAUCACAGUAUUUGACAGAAUCAGACUCUUUCCAGUUGUACCCAGUGGCAGGACAAAGGCCACAGGAUGAAACUCUUUACUGCGUGGAUGACAGCAAGCACAUUGCAGUAGAUGAUGAAUAAGUGUAAUGCAAGUGCAUGGCAUUGGUUCUGGAGAGGGAGGAGUGGGAGGGGUUUAUCAGGGCAGCUUAGAGCAGUGCAGGACCACUUUGCCACUUGCCCUUUCACACACCCACACCCCUUUCUAGACUGUUUGCCCGUGGCUGUAUUUACUCUCUAUUAGUCCCCAGUGAUAGCAUCAAGGUUGGAUGCUGUUCUUGAAUCAACAGUUGAAUUCUCCCUGUUCUAACACCAUCAGGAGUAAAUUGCUAGCUAAUCACCAAGGAAAAGAGAUUUGCAGUACAAGUUAUUCUGGGACAAGUGCAGCUAGUAAAGACAAGAUUUUAGUGGCUUUCUUGCCUAUUUGGAAUUUCAGAUUUUCAAUAAUUAGUGAACUGCUUAGUAUUUCCCUAUAUGAGACCACUACUAGGCUGUCUCUCCUAUGGCUAUUUACAAGUUCUUAUAAAAUUAUAGGUCUUUGAAGCAUCUGUCAGUAGUUUAAUUGCAACAGGCUCAAAUGUUAUGUGCAAGGGAAGGGCUACACAUGGUUUAAUCACAGGAACUGUAAAUGAGAGUUAUGUCAGGCUCUCCUCUUGUGUGUGUCCUAAACAGUCAAAAAGGCAAACAGCCUAAAGCAGCUGUGAGUGUAACCACAUCUUUUCCCCUCACAGCUGUGGGGUGACUGCGGCUUCCGUCAGGCCCUGUAUGUGCAACUGCACUGUGCUCUGCACCACAAGUUCAGUGCAGAAUGUCUCCAGGGACCACAGCUGUAGUAAAGAGAAGUAGCUGUAUUUCAUUUGUUUUCUUACAAGUGUAAAGCCAUGAAUAACGUGAGAAACUGACAGAAGCCUAAGCAGCGACUCCUGACUCCUAGAUCUGUCAGUAGUCACAAGAAUGAAUAACCUCGAAUUAGUCUGUUAUAGAGGUAUUUAUAUGUUUAGCUGUAGGUUUAACGUGGCUUUAUUACCAUGACACAAGGAACAGGAAAGUCUGGAUUUAAGAAAAGCUACAGCCAUUAUUUUUAAUGUUUCUGGGUGCCAAGAGACACUAGUGAAUAUUUCUGCUCUUUUAUAAUAAGCUAGUUCAGACGUAGGAGAAGAAAGGUUUAUUUUUGAAAGCUGUGAGUAGUAACAACAUAACGGUUUCAUUAUCUAAAUUUCAGUCACAACAAGGACAAAAAAAAAAUCUCUCUUAUGCAUGCUGAAGAGCUUUUCAGCCCUGAAAAAAACAAUCAAUACCAUAUUCACACUAAUGUUUGCUUGCAUAAUAUAUUGACUGUAGACACACUGGCAGUUUUACAUAAUAACUUAAAAGCAGUCUUGAUCGUUUGAAAGGUUAUAAUUGUUUUUCCCCUUUCCUGAAAGGGUAAUGAAAGGACAACUAAAAAGCAGAACUAUAUAGUUAUUUUCUAACUGGCACUAACAAAUUUCUCCAAUUACAGAGUCCAUUCUGUAAGCAAUGAAUGUGUGGCUCCCAAUUAAUCUAGUGUACCUCUAGGCAAGGUCUAAAUCAGCUGGAUACAGCUAAAGCAAUUUGCACACAGCUAAAAGCAAAUUGGAAAAUAAGUGUUCCACACUACUGCCUAUCUUCCCAAGCCAAAUACACAAUGGUAUGCUGGCAGCAGCGCUCUGUCAUGUUAUUUGCAGCUAUCAAUUUUAAUUAUAACAAUUAUUGAUUAGUUGGGAAAGUGAAUAACCUAAUGUUCAAAGGAGAUUGUCACGGCUUCUGGGGAUCUUUUUUCCCUUUCAUGCAUACGUCUGUGCAAAUGUUAGGAAAUACUAAGAAGAUACCUGCUUCACUUUACUGAGUUUAGCUAACUAUGAAGUUGCAGCAGUGAUUUUUGUUGCUGUUUUUGCUUACAACAGAAGUUGAUAUGAGUUGAACAGAGGCUCAGUUCAGGACUGCAGGACAAAAAUUCCAAAUGUGGGCACGUAUCUACUUUCUUAUUUAACCACCCAAGCAAAUGAGCUGCUUUGUACAGGGAGAGACCUUCUGUUGCCCAAUGACUCCAGCUAUUUUGCUAGCCUACGUACUUUUAGAAACAAGCUGUUUCUUUUUGUAGAACAGCGCUUCUCUUUAAAGAGAGAAAAGAGGAAAUAGUCCAAUCCUUGCUGCGCUGAGGGUUGUAUGAAUUUCAGCUAAAUAAAUAGAGUCAAGAAGAGUACAUCCAGAAUGGAGCAGGGUUUCAACCUGCUGAACAGACGUCCAAGUUUUUGGUGCAAUACUCUCCUUUGCUAUGUUGCUGAAGACUCAGUAUCACUUGGAGUGAUCAACCAAGCAGACAGCUACUGGGCACUGCAUGCCAAAGACACCCUCCAGGAGCAUUAUGGACUGCCUCCUCCAAAGCUGGUGGACAAAGGGACGUUUCCCUCCAUGCCUCAAUCUUUUCCAGAGCUGAAACCUGUAGCUAUUGGGGCAGCUUAACUGGACAACAAGACCUCUCCACCGGAUCAAGAGCCAGAGAGCCAGAGAGCUUGCUAACAGCCCUUGAUAUCAGAGAACACAAACAGCAAAAAAUUUUGAAGGUGAUGGAGUGAAUCCUGGAUGUGCCAAUCAGGGGAAUGGCCGUGUCUGGUAACAAACAGCUUCCUGAGAGAAAAACAGUGGAACCAUUCAGAAGACAUGCGUAUGUGUCAUCAUCUGGUCACCUUCAGUGUAUGUACACGAUGGAUGUGAUAUCUCCUGCUCUGUAUCUUUUCUUUCUAAGCUCUUUUGCACAGUGUCAGGAUUUAGUAUUCUCAUUCAAAUUAUUUUACCCCAUAUUCCAAAGCUUACAGGAGGCUCUGCUCAAUCUUACAAAGGCGUGUUUAAAGACAGAACCCUGUCCCAGCCUUUUUCUUAUUCCUUUCUUUCUCUUCUGUUGCAUUAAGGGCAAAAACCAAAUAAAUAGCAGCUUCCUGCUUAAUAAUAUUUAACACUUUAGCUUUGUUGUAUCAGAGAACCAUGAAAAAUUAUAGUUUACAGUCCCUUAGCUGGCCCAGGAUGAGUGGCACCAUGUCCACUGAGUGCUGGGAACCUGUUUGCUUGGCAGUCCUUGCUGCAUGACAGAUGAAGGAAGUCAAAGUGAAAACCAAAGAGCAUUAGACAAACCAUCUUCUGGUUGACUUGACGUGGCCACAAGCAAAUACAUGGGGCAGAGCAAGAAGAAACCCAUCUAUGCCAGUGUUCUCCCAUCUUCUGACAGUUUUCUCAACCUUUUUAAUUUGUUCUACACAAUAAUGUACAAACUUUGAAUUCAGAGUGCUAGCUCAUUCUCCUGUUGGAUGCAAUAUGAAAUUCCUAAAUUCACAGUGUUCCUUGCCGUGGACUUUCCACAUGUACUACACAUUGCGUGGAAAUGUGCUGACUGUGAUGCCUGUUACCUUUAUUUGAUAGAUGGAUUCUUGUACUGGAAAUCACAGCAUACAAUUUCUCUAAUCACCUUCCCUCUGUGUCUCUUGUGAUCUUUAGACUUAAAUGUGUUUUCUCAUAAGCGCUCUUUUUUUCACACUGACGACAGCCAAACUAAUUGUUGUGGGUUUUUGUUGUUGUUUGUUUUGUUCUGUUUUGUUUUGUUUUCCCUGUUUUCCUUUUCUCCUCUGUAUGGAGUCUUUUAAUCAUCCUUGUCAUCCUUCUCUGAACUUUCUCUGAACAUCAUUUACUGUUGAAGAGGCAAAUAUCCAUCUUUCCUUUGUGAGAACUCCCCAUUUAUUUCCACCCUUUACCUCCUGGGUUUUAGCCAGUUACAUCUCUAUUUGUGCAUUUAUUCUGGUGAGUUUCUUUAAAAACCAUAGUGUUGUGGUUUCAGAAUUAAUCUUCUUUGUGGAGGAUCAUGUGAUGCUGCAUUUUGGAUUUGUGUGAAAAGUGAUGUUGCAAACUCAACAAUACUUCAGUUAUUGCAGAGCAGUAGUAGCACAGAGACAAGGUCUUUUCUGUUUCUGGUGCUGCCCUGCCAGCCAGGAGCUGGGGAUGCACAAGGAGAAGGGAGGGGAUACAGCAAGGACAGCUGACCUAAACUGGAUGAAGGGAUGUCUCAUACACUAUCAUGGGGUAGGUGUUCAAAGUGAAGCAUUUGUCUUCUCAAGAAACCACUAUGUGUGAUGAGCCCUGCUUUCCUGGAACGUCUGCCUGUUGAUGGGAAGUAGUGAAUGAAUACCUUAUUUUGCUUUUGCUUUACCUAGUAACCUGUCUUUAUCUCAACCCAUGAGUUCUUGCACUUUUACCUUUCUGAUUCUCUCCCUCAUGCCACCUGAGGUGAAUGAGGGAGUGGCUGGGUAGAGCUGCCUACUGGGUUAAAUCAACUCAGUAUAGGGCACAAAAGGUUUGAGGUGAUGACAGUUUUAAUUGGAGUGUAGAGAUGUUAUAGCUGUUUAGCUGCUAACUGGCAGGCUCCUGUGCUUGUCAUGGGGCUUGCUUGCCUUAUCGUAUAUUAGAGUUCAGUGCUUGUUAGUGACUGCUUUUGCUUCUGCCAUUUGCUGUACUCUCUUAGCAUCUUGCUUUGCUGAGCCUGGGAACAUUUGGUAACAGUAUGUGCCUGGGCUGUCAAAUGGAUGGGGUAUCACUGCUUUUCCUGUGCUGCCGUAUUGGACAGGCUGGGAUUUCAGUAUGAGCUUGAGUCAGAGGAACUGUGACCUGUGGAUGAGUCCACAUGGAAGUAUAUACAUCUCAAUGUGUCUGUGGCUAUGGCGCAGCAGGUCCACCUUGCAGUGUUCAUAUCUGUGGAUAUGGUCAUACCACAAUACUUUGAAGCAUCUGUCACAGUGGAUAAGAACAUUAUACAGUAGGUAACUGAAGGUUCUAUGGCCAAUGGAUGAGGCCAUGCCAGAGCAGGUACACUUCGAAAGGAUCGUAGUUAAUGGACAAUUCCAAACUGGAAGGGACAAGGAGAGGAGUUCUUUGCAAUGUUAAAUGCUUUGGCCUGAUCUGAAUAUUCAAGGAGCGGAGAUUGUAAUAGUUAUAAUAAAUCUUUAAAUUGUUGUAAUUCUUUAUUUAAGUUACAUAUUAUAAGGAAAUUCUAUAGCAGGAACCAUUUGAAUCAGUGGAAGAUGAACCUCACAAGGAACAGUGCAAGUACAGCAGUGACUCAACAUGAAUUGUCUUUGGCAGCCAGUAACUCCAUGCAACACACUGCUUCUCCUGUCCUGAGCAACCACCGAAACAGACAGAAGCUAAGUCGUGGACUAAAAGAACUCAGUGGACAUUUUAUGGACAUUUCACAGGGAUGAUCCAUAGACUAAGAGAAUGAUAUCUGUGUAUCAACUGAAAGCUUGUAAUUAAUGAGAAUGUAUUGGAAAGUGUAGGACAUGAGCAUGACGUGAAUGAUAUGGAAUAAGGGGUGGAUAUUGUCAUAGUUUUGUCUGGAAUUGAGUCUUCUUUUUUGUAAAGGCUGAUUUUAGCUUUUUUGCUUGUUUGUUUAUUUUCAAAAAUAGUGGGGAUAAAUCAACAAUAUUUUAGUUGUUGCAAAGUAGUACUUACACAGAGCCAUGGACUUUUCAGCUUCUCACACCACCCUGCCAGUGAGGAGCUGGAGGUACACAAGAAGCUAAGAGGGAACACCCCUAUUGACCAAAGGGAUAUUCCAUACCAUGUAGUGUCAUGCUCAUCAAUAAAAUACAGAGUAAAUAAAGAGGGAGGGUGGGAUGUUUGGAGUAAUGGAGUUUGUAUUCCCAAGAAACCAUUACAUGUGAUGAGCCCUGCUUUCCUGGAAGUGGCUGAACAUCUGCCUGCCAAUGGGAAGUAGUGAAUGAAUUCCUUAUUUUGCUUUGCUUGUGCACACUGCUUUUGCUUUACCUAGUAAACUGUCUUUAUGUCAACCUAUGAGG